AUGGAGCCCGACUAUAAGGUCCAAGAAAUCGAGUUGAGCAUGGCACACCGUAGAGACCCGAAUGUCCUACUUAAGCUCGAUGCGGCUGCUAUUGAGGAAUUCGAUGGUAAAGGCGAAAUAGUUGAGUUGAAUCAGAGAAUCGCUACUCUGACAAAAAAAAUUAUGGGCAAACCCGAAGCCUAUAAAGAAGUCGCCAUUGAACGCUCUAAACUUUAUAGUAAGAAAGCGAGGGCGCUGCAGGUGUACAAAACUCAAUUUGUUCAAAAGUGGUGGGAUACCUCAUAUGAUGAGUAUGUUGCUGGAAAUAACUUUUCAGAACGCGAUACAACACCUCUAUUCGAGAUCUACAGAAGAUAUAUCCCAGAGCGUUCCCGACUAAGCGAGAGUUUAUUCAAAAUGACAACAUUAGACAGCGAAAUUGGCCGACAGUGCUUAGAAGAUAUGGUAUCGCUUUGCAAAUCUACAGACCGAGUCGUUUACUACCCCGGUAUAUCGCCUAUCAACGGGCGAUGUCCAACAUGUUCGAAGUCUAUGACACUGUAUAUGGCCUAA